AUGAACCAGCAGAAGUCCACUGCGGAGACACACUUGAAGAUAGACACCAUGUACAACGAUCUGAAUGGGAAGUACGAAGCUGUGUGGACUCACGUGAAGAAGCUGGAUGUCCAAGUUGCUCAAACCGCUGAAGCUGUGAAGAGACCUCAGGAACCCUUCCUGGGAAAGGAGAGCAAAACCCCAGGAACGAGCAAGGAGAAAGCCGAUGAGAAUCUGGAAGAAGAAGCCGAAGUCGAUCGAGCUGCAUCCAGCAGACUCGAUCGAGCUGGUGAUGACGCCUCGUCAUCUCAGGAACCCGUAGCUGACUUUACCUACUCCUGCAGCUGCAGAGACUGCUCCAGCCAGAGCUUACACCCUAAGAUGAUUCCUGCUCUGAAGAAGUACAUGAAGGAGCUGAUAUCUGGGAAGGUAGCUGAGGAUGAGAACGUCAUGCUAGUAUCGGAGGAGUGCAGCGCUGUGCUGCAGAACAAGGUGAUCAAGAAGAGGAGCGAUCCAGGAAGAUUUGUCUUGUCAGUGCAGAUUGGCCAUGACCUUCGCAUGCUCUCUUUGCGAUCUUGGCUCGAGCGUGAACCUGAUGCCAUCGACCAAGUUCCCGUCGGUAUACUUGAGGAUCUACAUGUGCAGAUAGGGAACACACUCAUUCCAGCAGAUUUUGUAGUCCUCGAGCUCGACGAAGAGCCUAAGGAUCCCUCAUCCUAG